GAGCUCAAACAUUUACAUUGGUACCAGCAACACUACAGUUCUCCUCUCUCUCCCUCCCGCUCUUCCACCCUACUACCUAUACCCAUAACAAAUAUCAAUCAAUCGCAGAAAUGCCUUGGUUCUGGGGUAAAUCCGACGACAAAGAUGCCCUCCGCGAUCUCGAUCCCAGCCUGCGCGACUUUCUGAAAAAAGAAGCCCCAGCAAAAUACGAAUCGUCAGCGCCCACGCCACGUCCAGUACCAGAAGAGAAACCUCUCGCCCCCGCCCCUCCUCCAGAAGAAAGCAAAGCACCCGCAGUCCCCUCGAAAUCGCUGUAUCAAGAUGGCCGAUAUGCACACUUAUGGAAAACGUACAAACCAAUCGAGGAUGUGGAGGCCGAGGGAAAGUCGAGCCAGGAAAAAAUGUUGGAUGUGCUGGAUGGAUAUAAAUCACGGCGGGCAGAGAUUGGAAGAACGGCGUUGGAGAAUUGCGCGCUGGAGCAAUUGGAGGUUAGUGAUUGCUUCAGGAAUGGCGGGUGGAGUGCCAAAGCGACCGUGUGCCGAGCAGAGAACAGAAGGUUUGAUAGAUGUUAUAUGAUGCAAUCCGUGAGUUCUCAUCUUCACCAGACAUGAUUCGCAGGCUAAAGGGCGAUUCAGAAAUUCCUGAAAGCUCUGGGAUACCUUUCCACCAACGAUCGAUCACCCGAGGAGAACGAGCGAAUACAGAUGCAAGCCGAUACUUUAUAUCAUCGCAUGUUAGACCAGGAAAAGGCAAUUGAAAAGGCAAAGGAGGAAGGACUACCCCCUCCAGCUUUCCCACCAUUACUAGCUCCGCCGAAGAAAAGACUCGAUACUAGCGAGUCCGCAUCAGGUAGGAAGGAUGCUGAGGAAAUCUCAGACCUGAGGGAAAGAAUCCAGGCACCAUUGAAGAAGCAGCUGGAGAAGCUGGAGGGAGAGGAGAGAGACUUGACCGAGACCGCCAUGAAGGCUGAGAUUGCUGCUGGAGCACAGGUGGCGAGACGACUGGAAGCCAUUGAAAAGGAGAAGGUAGAGCAGCGGAGGAUACGGAAAGAACAAGGCCAAGAAACUCUUGCCGACAAAGUUGCUUCUGUUCGCUCCAAGUGAUGUUACAUGUUCUCGGAGAGUUGACAAGGCUGUUUAGAGGUGUUUGUGGGUGUUCGUGGGUGAUGAUUUCUUGCCCACUUCUCCUGACAAUCCAGAAAAAGGUCGAUAAAAUCGAUUUGACCAAGAAAUUUUUGGGGCAAAUCGAAGAAAGAGAAACGGCUACUUGUACAAAAUGGAUUUUCCGCUUUAGCUUCCAAGCUACCGAGGUUUGUUGGAUCAUGAGGGCAGAGUUACGGUGAUGUAAAAAUGUUUGGGUUCAGUUGAGGCCACUCUAUAUUGUUGGUUCGUCAUUGAAACUGAACUCAUCUCUACACUCAGAGACAGCUUGAAUCAUACAAGAAGUCCGCGAGAUUUACGGGGAGUCAUUGUCUUUGAACAGCCAAGAAACUCAAAUGGAAAGAGGCCAACC